AUCUUUGCAGCCGAGUGCGUGCUGAAGAUUAUUGCGUUGGGAAUAAAAGGCAGAAAUUCAUACUGGAGCGAUCCUUGGAAUUGUAUCGACUUCCUUAUGCUCUUCACUAGUUUUGUUGCUGAGAUUCCAGGCAUGCCCAACAUCUCCGAGUUUCGGUCGAUUCGAGUUCUGCGGCCUCUGAGGUCUCUGAAGAUGUUCCCA